AAUUGAAACUAUGAAAUAAAAAGAUAUCUUCCUGCGUAUAAGUUUAUUCGCAAGAUUCAAGAUUAAAUAUAAACAUAAUGCAAUAAUUUCGAACAAUAAAAUAACGAAUCCAAAUUAAUCCAAAUUAGUCAGUGUCUGUAAUAUUGGAUAAUAAGCCUAUUCUAUAUCUAGUUUGUGAUAGUAAAAAAUUAUAAUAUUUACACAAAUUUAAUACAUGUGGUAAUAGUUGUCAAAAUGAAGAUAUGAACUUAAAUUAAUUAUAAUAAUUAAAAUUAUUUAUUAAUUUUAAAAAUUAAUAAAUACUUAUACACUAUGGCUUCAGCUUCAAGUACAAGUGCUCGAAGUUUAUUUGUUGAAUCAAAAAUGAGAUUAGCUGAUAGAGUACAAGUUAAUGUGAACAAUAUUGCAUCUCUUGCCAGACAAAUACAAAGAGGUUCAAAAAGUAGCGAAAUAAUAAUGCAUAGUGCAAAAAAUUUUGCACAGCAAGAACAUGGUGUAGAGAUUGCAGAAGCUAAUCUAAAAAAAAUUGCUCUUAUAACUACUCAUUUAGAAUAUCAAAUAGAAUCUAUUAACAGAAGUUUUAUGACUUUAGAAGAAGUUACUGAACAAGUACGUGCUAUGCAAAGAUAAAUUAUAAAAGAUAAAUAUUUACCAUAAUUUUAUUUAUAAUAUAUACUUAAUGAUAUAUUUUGU